CGCGGUCAUGCGAAGGAUUUCCGGUCUGAAUAUUAUAAGUGGUUCGAAGCCUUAAGUGUAAUUGUAUAAUUGCUCCUGGUAGAUCCGGGAGCACUGGAAAUUCAAGUGUUGAACGGACCUGUACACGUUAAAACCAAAUUGGCCAAUUAUUAUUACGUUAUAUUAUGUAUAUGUAUGCUUGUUUUGCCAAUCAACAGCAGUUGCCACUACUUGUUUUGCCAAUCAACAGCAGGUUGAAAAAUUACCGCGUGAAACAAUGACUUUAAGCAAAAUCUUCCCUUUUUAAUCAUCCACAGGCCCAAUACGUACCAUUUCCCAUACGAGUUCAUUGAUAAACUUAUGUCAAUGUCUCGUGAUUAAGAAGGACACAACUAAUAACUCAAUCAAUCCGUUCGUGAAAAUGUUUUCGUUGGCUCUAAUUUUUGCUCAUCUUGUUGCUCUGGCGGAAACCCACAAGCAGAUAUCACCUCUGUCGAAUUCCAGUUAUAAGACAAAUGGCACUCUUCUAAAUGUUAGCCUGGUUGCUAUAGGCAGCAACGCUACGUACUGCGAUUAUGCGGCUUUACCAUACUCUGGACCAGGGUUUUCUUUAGCCGUUGAUCGUGUGCAAGGCAUUUAUGCCGGAACACUAAACUUCAGUCUCCAUUUUAUUGGAGACCGAACGUGCACAUAUCUUCAAGACAAUCUUAUUGUUGAGCUAGCUCAGUGGCACUACGAGGAAAGGAACGAACACGACCUUACUAUAUACCUCUCACCAGAAUACACUGGAACUUUAGAGAUGAUUUAUUUACAAGCUCAGUGGAAUACGUUGUUGAUUGCCACGGAAAACGCCAGCCCAAAAAAGCGCAAACAGUUUUUAUACGGGCAACCAACGUGGAUAUCCACAAAUUGUUUCCAUUUGUUGGAAUAUGCGGAAUUGUAUAUCAACAUUUUAAACAAAUAUAACUGGACAUCCAUUACUGUGGUGAUCGAUGAAGGCUCUCCUCCUUUUUAUUCUGAGCUGGGCUCAAUGGUUCUCGCUUUACUCCAGGUUCAAAAGCGUGUAACGUAUGCUAUCCGAUAUAUUGAUACAAAGAUAGAUGCGGGCUUUGGUGAAUUCGCACCUUUAUUGAAAAAAAUUCGUGCCAGCAGCAGAAUUUUACUGUAUUUUGGCGGCGGUUCGGCUUUGCGCGAAUUUCUGCAUACCACCUAUCUGCUGAACAUGACAAAUGGAGAAUACGUGUAUAUCCUGGUAGAAAUUAAUCCUUUCCUUCCAUCACGCUGGCAGAAUAUAGAUAAUAAGGAUCAGGCCGUUUUACAGUCGCUGCAGUCGGUGCUAAUCCUUCACCCAAGCGAAAAUACUCAAAAUGACUUGGCAAAGAUGCAGCUCGGGAAGCACUUCCUGCGGCGCACAGAGCGAGAUUUUAAUUACAUUUAUCCAUUAUCUACUCAGCCGUACAUCCUGAUAGCCUCUGCCUACACGACAGUUUUUGCCCUUGCGGAGGUGAUCAACGAUACUUUGGUGAAAAACAAAAGGCCAGAUUGGAGCGGUUCGGUUUUAGCGCACCUGUUAACCAACCGCACCUUCAGAGAUGAUGUUGGUAACACCAUGUAUAUCGACAGUGACGGACAAAGACGCACUGAUAUCACCGUAUCCUUUUUUGACACCAACGGCAACCGCAUGGGAUUGUUGCAAAAGUUCGGCAACACCGAAGAAUUGGUCGAGAUAACGCAUUUGUUGACAUGGGCCAAUAACGCAACUUUUCCUCCUCCCAACGAACCACUGUGUGGAUAUAUAAAUCAAAGUCUACUGUGUCGCACACCAGGCGAUAUUAAAUCAACAAUUUUGUCCAUUUCUUGGCCGAUAUCGUUAGCGGUUAUGGGAGUUUUAACUGCAUCGGGAUACGUCGUGUCCACAACUAAACGUUGGCUGCUUUCUGACCCAUGGUGGCAAAUUCAUUUACAUCAAAGUUUAGAAGAUGUCCCCGCUGACCCCAGCAUCCAUCCCAUUACAACAAGGGGUUCGCGGAGCUUGUGUAGCGCAGUUGUUUUUGGAUCCCAUAAACAUAAGCCGGUCAUGGGAUGGAAGGUGUGUGGUAGAAGCUGCGCCGUCCAUUUUACCGAUAUUUCCUUUAGCAAGAAACUGGUGUUUGUGUUACGGCAGAUAAGGAAAAUCGAGCACAUCAAUAUCUGCCAGUUUUUGGGACUGGCUAUAACCAAUGCGUCCACAGACAUGCACUGGAUUUCGGCCGUAAUAGAAUCACCGCCAAGAGGCCCUUUGCCUGACAUUUUUGGCAGUUGCGUCAGCAGAAAUGUGGCUUUAAUAAGUUCGCUCAUUUUGGACUAUCUAGAAGUAUGCUGUUACGCGUUGACGACUGCCUUGUCUUCAAAAGACAAGAGUUUUGGUUGUUGCAGGCAGUACAAUACCUUCAUUCUUCCUCCUUGCAAUUUCAUGGACGAAUCAGCAUUUUGACUUGUUGGGUCGAGUCUUGUGCCAGAAUGUCCUUUGGGAGUCUCUCUACUGGACUGCGUCAGAAUCAACGGUCCCUUCUGACAGCAACUCGAUGCAGUCAGUUGAUAUUUACUCGUCCGGUCUCAUCAUAUACGAUAUCUUGACU